AUGGGGGCCGAGGGAGAAUGGGAGAGCGAUGGAGAGAGGGAGGGAGAGGGCUCGGAGGGACCCGCUGAUGUUGCUGCUGCUGCUAGGGGAGGAAAAUUACAGGUGGGGGAGGGCGAGAGAGAGGUGCAGCUGGUGGGAGGGAGCGAAUCAGGGGGAGAACAGGAAAGGAAGGAGGAGUGGGAGAGAAAAGGGGGAGCAACAAAGGCAAGCCAGCCAGGGGAGAGAGAGGCAGAGGAAGGGAAGGGUCAGGAUAGGGGCAGUAGCACCGCCACCAUCACACAGCCAGAUAGCAAAAGAGGGAAGAAAGAGAGGAAGGCAGAUGAAAGCCACGAGGGAGAAGAGGGCGGUGGGAGAGAGGUGGAGGGCGAGGAGGGGGAGAGGCACAGCUCAAGGGGAGAAAGGAGCCUGGAACGACUGAUAAUAGUAGCAGAUGAUGAAACCGCACAGGAAGAAAGGGGGAGGGAGAUUUUAAUGCCUUGGUCUCGUGCUCGACGUGCAGCCAACAGACAUCCCCAUUUCUCCCAGUAUAACUACCAAGUACAAGUAGCAGAGAACCAGCCACCUGGCACCUCAGUCAUUAUUAUGUCUGCCUCAGACUCAGAUGCAGGAGAUGCAGGCAGGGUGAGCUACACAAUGGCCCCACUGAUGAACAGUCGAUCAUCUGACUAUUUUCACAUCCACCCAGACACAGGUCUCAUCACCACCACUCAGGUUCUUGACAGAGAACACAUGGAUCAGCAUUACUUCCGGGUCACAGCAACUGAUUAUGGCUCCCCUCGUCUCUCCAGCACCACUAUGGUAGCCAUUACUAUUUCAGACAGAAAUGAUCAUUCUCCUAUAUUUGAGCAAACCGAGUACAGGGAGACAAUCAGGGAGAAUGUAGAGGAAGGGUAUCCCAUCUUACAGCUGAGGGCAACGGAUUCAGACUCCCCAUCCAAUGCCAAUAUUCGUUAUCGUUUUUUUGGUGACACAGCUGCAAUGGCACGAGCAGCCUUCGAGAUUGACCCACGCUCUGGCCUCAUUACAACUCGUGGAGUGGUGGAUCGGGAAACAAAUGAGCACUACACUCUCCAGGUGGAGGCUAGUGACCAGGGGAAGGACCCAGGGCCUCGCUCUGCCACUGUCAAAGUUUUUAUCACUGUUCUGGAUGAAAAUGAUAAUGUGCCACAGUUCAGUGAAAAGCGCUAUGUGGUGGCAGUGAAAGAGGAUGUGAGGCCUCAUUCUGAGAUCCUUCGUGUGAGUGCCACAGAUCGGGACAAGGACAGUAAUGCUGCCGUUCACUAUAAUAUCAUCAGUGGCAACAGCCGUGGGCAGUUUUCCAUUGACAGUGUCACUGGAGAGAUCCAGGUGGUGGCAUCACUAGAUUUUGAAUCUGAGCGGGAGUAUACUCUUCGUGUUCGAGCGCAGGACAAUGGCCGACCACCUCUGUCAAACAACACUGGGAUUGUUAGUGUACAGGUGACAGAUGUCAAUGACAACCCACCGAUUUUUGUCUCCACACCAUUCCAGGCUUCUGUGCUUGAGAGCGCUCCAGUUGGAAGUUCCAUCCUCCACAUCCAGGCCAUUGAUACAGAUUCUGGUGAUAAUGCCCGGCUGGAGUACAGGUUAACUGGCACCAGCUCUGACACACCAUUUAUUAUUAAUUCUGCAACAGGUUGGGUGACAGUCAGCUCCAUUCUUGACAGGGAAUCUGUAGAGCACUAUUUCUUUGGCGUGGAGGCCAGGGAUUACGGCAUGCCGCCUCUUUCUGCUACAGCAAGCGUUACUAUUACAGUGAUGGAUGUUAAUGACAACCGCCCUGAGUUCCUCCAAAAGGAGUACUAUGCUCGCCUAAAUGAGGACGCAGCCGUUGGCACCAGUGUAGUGACUGUCACAGCUGUGGACCGCGAUGUCAACAGUGCAGUGACCUAUCAGAUAACAGGAGGAAACACCAGAAACCGCUUUGCCAUCAGCACAGCAGGAGGGUCUGGACUUCUCUCACUAGCCCUUCCACUGGAUUACAAACAGGAGCGACGUUACGUUCUUACAGUCACUGCCUCAGACCGCACACUCCAUGACACCUGUCAGGUGCACAUUAACAUCACAGAUGCCAAUACACAUCGACCUGUGUUCCAAAGCGCCCACUACUCUGUUAGUGUUAAUGAGGACCGACCACCUGGAAGCACUGUUGUUGUGAUCAGUGCCACAGAUGAUGAUGUUGGUGAAAAUGCUCGAAUCACGUACUAUCUUGAGGACAACAUCCCACAAUUCCGCAUUGACCCAGCUACAGGGGCUAUAACACUCCAGGCAGAACUAGACUACGAGGACCAGAUGACCUACACUUUGGCUAUAACAGCUAAGGACAAUGGCAUACCACAAAAAUCUGACACUACAUAUGUAGAGGUUAAUGUGAAUGAUGUGAAUGACAAUGCACCUCAGUUCCUCAGCCCCAGGUAUCAGGGAACAGUGAGCGAAGAUGCCCCUCCCUUCACCAGUGUCCUCCAAAUCUCAGCAACUGAUCGUGAUGCACAUGCCAAUGGUCGUGUUCAGUACACCUUCCAAAAUGGUGAAGAUGGUGAUGGUGAUUUUACCAUUGAACCUACAUCUGGCAUUGUCCGAACUGUUCGUCGACUGGACCGUGAGAGCGUGCCAUUCUAUGAGCUCACCGCCUAUGCUGUAGAUCGUGGCGUGCCCCCUCAACGAACGCCUGUCCACAUCCAGGUUACAGUUCUUGAUGUGAAUGACAAUGCUCCCGUCUUUCCAGCUGAUGACUUUGAGGUUCUAGUGAAGGAAAACAGCGCCGUAGGUUCUGUGGUAGCCCAGAUCACAGCCACUGACCCGGACGAGGGUGCCAAUGCUCAGAUCAUGUACCAAAUUGUGGAGGGUAACAUCCCUGAAAUCUUCCAAAUGGAUAUUUUUUCUGGGGAGCUCACUUCACUUAUUGACCUUGACUAUGAGGCCCGUAAUGAGUACGUUAUCGUAGUCCAGGCCACCUCAGCACCUCUGGUCAGCCGGGCCACUGUGCGGAUCCGAUUGGUGGACCAGAAUGACAACAGGCCCACUCUGCAGGACUUCCAAAUAAUUUUCAACAACUUUGUGUCCAAUCGGUCCAACAGUUUCCCUACCGGGGUAAUAGGGAGGGUACCUGCCCAUGAUCCUGAUGUGUCUGACAGGCUGUACUACACCAUCGACAGGGGGAAUGAGCUUCACCUGCUGCUCCUGAAUCACACAAGUGGAGAGAUCCGACUGAGCCGAAAACUGGAUAACAACAGGCCGCUGGUGGCUCCCAUGCUGAUCACUGUCACGGAUGGCGUCCACAGCAUUUCAGCCCAGUGCGUCCUUCGUGUUCUCAUCAUCACUGAGGACAUGCUGGGCAACAGCGUCACUGUCCGCCUCCAAAACAUGUCCCAGGAGCACUUCUUGUCACCACUGUUGGGUAACUUCCUGGAGGGUGUGUCUGCGGUGCUCUCAGUGCCCGUUGAGGAUGUUUUCAUCUUCAACAUCCAGCCGGACAUGGAUGCGGUGCCAAGAGGGAUCCUGAAUGUCAGUUUCUCUGCUGCGUUGCCUGGUGGACACUUUUUCCCAUCAGAAGCUCUGGAGGAGCAGCUGUACCUGAACAGGCUAAGGCUGACAUCAUUAACACAGAUGGAGGUUCUUCCAUUUGACGACAACGUGUGUCUGCGUGAGCCGUGCCAGAACUAUAUGAAGUGUAUCUCGGUGCUGCGCUUCAACAGCUCUGCUCCCUUCAUAUCCUCACCCUCUAUCUUGUUCCGGCCCAUUCACCCAAUCGCUGGCCUACGCUGCCGCUGCCCAGUGGGCUUUACGGGUGAUUACUGUGAGACAGAGAUCAACCUGUGUUACUCCAACCCCUGCCUGAAUGGAGGGGUGUGUGUACGCAGGGAGGGGGGCUACACCUGCAUCUGCCGUGAAGACUUCACUGGUGACCAGUGUGAGUUUGACCGGCGGCAGGGCAGAUGUGUGCCAGGUGUGUGUCGUAAUGGAGGGACCUGUCGGGAGCUGUCAGGUGGGGGUUUCCGUUGUGAGUGUCCCGCAGGAGGCUAUGAGCGUCCGUACUGCACCGUCACUUCUCGUUCCUUCCCCCCCAAAUCCUUUGCCAUGUUCCGGGGCCUCAGACAGAGAUUUCACCUCUCCAUUUCUUUAACUUUUGCCACCAUGGAGAACAGUGGUCUCCUGUUUUAUAAUGGACGCUUCAAUGAGAAACAUGACUUCAUUGCCUUGGAGGUCCAAGAAGGACAAGUGGUGCUCAAAUAUUCCACAGGUGAAUCCUCCACUCAGGUGAGUCCCUUCUUGCCUGGCGGCGUGAGUGACGGGAAUUGGCAUACAGUUCACAUCCACUACUACAACAAGCCGGCUAUACGCUAUCCCAAGCGCAGCGUGAGUGGCGAAGCCCAGGGACCAUCAGAUGAGAAGAUUGCUGUGGUGAGCGUCGACGACUGUGACACAGCCUUGUCACUCCGCUUUGGUACACAGCUCGGAAAUUACAGCUGCGCUGCACAGGGCAAGCAGACCAGCACCAAGAAGUCUCUGGACCUAACUGGCCCGUUGUUUCUGGGUGGAGUCCCCAACGUACCAGACAAUUUCCCAUUUGGCUCCAGGGAGUUUAUUGGCUGUAUGAAGGAGCUGCACAUUGACAACAAGCCACUGGACCUGGCUGGAUUUAUCGCUAACAAUGGAACUAUCCCUGGCUGCAGCGCCAAGCUGCCCUUCUGUAAGUCCAACCCAUGCCAGAAUGGAGGAACCUGCAGGGUGAGCUGGGAGACUUUCUCCUGUGACUGUCCCCUAGGGUAUGGAGGGAAGGACUGCAGCCAUGUGAUGCCACACCCUCACCGCUUCCUGGGUAACAGCGCCCUCUGGUGGGACCUGAAGAAUGACAUCACCAUCUCCACACCCUGGUACCUCGGACUAGUGUUCAGAACCAGAGCGCGAGAGGGGAUGCUGCUGCAGGCCCAGGCCGGCCAGUACACCAGCCUUCUGUUUCAGGUGGUAAAUGGUCAGCUGGUGUUCUCGGUGACCCGCGGUUCAACCAGACCGGUGCGUUUGCGGUUGGAUCAGGUUCAAGUGGCAGACGGACAGUGGCACGACCUCCAGCUGGAGCUGAGAGACGUUCACAGUGGCCGUGAGACUCGCUAUGUCGCCACGCUGCGACUUGACUUUGGACUCUAUCAGGGAACAGUGAUAGUGGGAAAUGAGAUUCAUGGUUUGAAGGUGAAACAUCUGCACGUGGGAGGAGUGCUGGGCUCUGGAGAGGUACAGAAUGGAAUAAGAGGAUGCAUACAGGGUGUUCGGUUGGGUGUACGGCCUGAUGCCCCUCCUCUGCCCCACCCAUCAAAAGCUGUGAAAGUGGAGAUCGGCUGCAAUGUUGGAAACCCUUGUGUCUCGUCUCCUUGUCCUGCCCACAGUCACUGUUUUGACCAAUGGGAGCGGCACAGCUGUAUCUGUGAGCCUGGUUACUAUGGGAAGGGCUGCACUGAUGCUUGCCAUCUGAAUCCAUGUGAAAAUGAGGCUCAGUGCCACAGGAAGCCCAGUUUUUCUCAUGGAUAUAUCUGUGACUGUGGAGACAACCACUAUGGGCAGUACUGCCAACAUAGGAUUGAUCACCAGUGUCCACGGGGCUGGUGGGGGUCUCCGACCUGUGGGCCGUGUCACUGUGACACCAAUAAAGGCUUCGACCCUGACUGUAACAAGACCAGUGGACACUGUCACUGCAAGGAAUUUCACUAUCAUCCACGGGGCUCUGACGCCUGCCUGCCAUGUGACUGCUAUCCAGUGGGCUCCUUUUCACGGUCAUGCGACCCAGAAACGGGGCAGUGUCAGUGCAGGCCCGGCGUUAUUGGUCGCCAGUGCAACAUGUGUGACAACCCCUUUGCCGAGGUCACAAAUUCAGGAUGUGAAGUCAUUUAUGACGGUUGUCCAAAAACCAUCACUCAGGGGAUCUGGUGGCCUCGGACCAAGUUCAACCUGCCUGCUGCAGUGCCCUGCCCCAAAGGUUCAGUCGGUGCAGCCAUCAGACACUGUGAUGAAGAGAGAGGAUGGCUGGAGCCAGACCUUUACAACUGCACCUCCCCUCCAUUUGUUGAACUCAGUGCUGCUCUUGAUUCUCUGGAGCGUAAUGAGACCGAGCUGAACACCAUCAUGGAGAAGAAGCUUGCCCAUCAACUCCGCGAUGUCACCGAGGCAACCGCCCGACUCUAUGGCAAUGACUUACAGAUUGCUGAACGACUGCUGUCACGCCUUCUGACUUUUGAGACCCAACAGAAUGGCUUUGGACUCACCGCAACUCAGGAUGCACACUUCAAUGAGAACAUUCUGCGAGGCUGCAGCGUGCUGUUGGGUCCUGGUACCUCUGGGCUUUGGCGCGCUCUCACUCAGAGUCAGAACCACAUUCCAGGUGGCGGUCCAGCCGAGCUGACGGAGCUCCUGGAGCAGUACGCCAAGAAUCUGGCCCAGAACAUGAAGCUCACGUACCUCAACCCUGUGGCGCUGGUCGCCCCCAACAUAGUCAUGAAUCUGGACCGCGUGGAGAACCAUACCCAUGUACGGCGGCGUUUCCCACGUUAUCACGCCACCCUGUUUCGUGGUCAGGCUUUGUGGGAUCCCUAUACUCAUGUGAUACUGCCUCCUGCUGCCCUGGUGCCACAGCGACAGCAGCAGCACAACUGGAAGGAGAAGGAACGGACAGGCAGAGAGUCCCCUCAGAACACUGCUUCGGCCCCUGCCAGUAUCUCAGCCAAUCAAACGGGAGAAUACACUGCAGCCAAACGCACUGCCUCGAUGCCUGAGCCGCCCAUCACUAUUGUCAUCCUGCUGAUCUACAGAAGUCUGGGCGCAGCCCUCCCUUCCAAGUACCACACAGACCGACGAGGAGUGAGGCUUCCCAGACACCCGGUAAUGAACUCCCCAGUGGUCACCAUCUCUGUCUACAACAACCAGACGUUUGUGGGUGGACACUUAGACCAGCCCAUCCUGCUUGAGUUCAAGCUGCUGGAGACAGCCAAUCGCAGUAAGCCACUGUGCGUGCAGUGGAACCACAGCAGUCCAUAUGAGGUAGGAGGUUGUUGGACGGUGAAGGACUGUGUGGUGGUGUACAGGAACACCUCCCAUGUCCGCUGUCAGUGCCAGAGGCUGGGUACCUUUGGCGUGCUGAUGGACAGUUCACAGAGAGAGCAGCUGGAGGGGGAUCUGGAGACGCUGGCUUUGGUCACAUACUCCUCUCUGUGCGUCUCUAUGCUGGCGCUCCUCCUCACUGUCCUGGUGCUCUCCUGCCUCCGAGGUCUCAAGUCCAACACCAGGAGCAUCCACUCAAACACAGCAGCGGCCAUGUUUUUGUCAGAGCUGGUAUUUCUGCUGGGGGUCAAUCAAACUGAACAACAGUUCCUGUGUACAGUCGUUGCCAUCCUGCUGCAUUACUUUUUUAUGUCCACGUUUGCUUGGAUGUUUGUGGAGGGCCUUCAUAUCUACCGCAUGCAGACCGAGCAACGCAACAUCAACUACGGGGCCAUGAGGUUCUACUAUGCCAUCGGCUGGGGUGUGCCCGCCAUCAUCACAGGCCUGGCGGUAGGCUUGGACCCAGAGGGUUAUGGAAACCCAGACUUCUGUUGGAUCUCCAUCUAUGACAAACUCAUCUGGAGCUUUGCUGGUCCUGUUGCCAUUGUCAUUCUGAUAAAUGGAGGGAUUUUCAUGAUUGUAGCCAAGAUGUCCUGCAUCCCGUCUCAGAAGGAGACCAAGAAGCUCCCUGUCAUUGCUACCAUUCGCAAUGCCUUCCUACUGUUACUGGUUGCUACUUCCGCCUGGCUGUGUGGUCUCCUGGCUGUGAACAACAGCAUCCUAGCUUUCUACUACAUAUUUGAUGUCCUCUGCCUAGUGCAGGGUCUGUCAGUGAUGCUGGUCUUCACUGUGUUCAACUCAGAGGUUCAGGAGGCCUGGAGAGUUGCCUGUUUGGGUAAGAAGAGCCAGGGAGAAGACCCACCAAGGCCACCGCAGAACACAGCUCAGAACCCCUAUCACAAUGCAUCUCUGUUGGAGCAGAGCGGGCUGCACCGCAUCACCCUGGGAACCUCCACCAUCUCCUCUGUCAGCUCGGCCAGAGAAAAUCUUUUGGCUCGUCAGACUCUGGAACAAAACAUCAUCCACACUGGAGCGACAGACCUGGAUGUAGCCAUGUUCCACAGAGAUGGAGGUGAGGACUCAGACUCGGACUCAGAUCUUUCCAUGGAGGAGGAACGCAGCCUCUCCAUCCCUUCUUCUGAGAGCGAGGACAACGUCCGACUCCGUGGGCGCAUCCAGCGACGAUUCAAACGCUCCAAUCACAGUGAGCGUCUGCUCACUGAGCCCACCCACAAUAGCACCAAAGAUCUGGAUGGCAAUGACCUCCUGUCCUACUGGCCAGCUCUGGAGGAGUGUGACACACACACCCUGCAAAAGUGGGGCUCAGAACGCCCCCUGGGGGCAGAUUACAGCAAGGACGCCGCCAACAACAACCAGACUGAUGCAGCACUGACCAGUGGGGACGAGAACAGCCUCACUCAGCCACACAGGCACCGCAAGGGCAUCCUAAAAAAUCGUCUCGGCUGUCCUCCAGCACUCCAGGGUCUCUCCAGCAUGGGUCGGGUCCCCAGUGAGCUCAACUGGUACCGUACCUCUACUCUGGGCCACCGAGGUGUUCCUGCAGCCUCUUACGGUCGCAUGUACUCUGCCACCGCUGGUGCCAGCAGAGGUACCGGCUCUCUCUCCCAGCCAGCUUCUCGCUACUCCUCUAGGGAGCACCUGGACUCGCUUGCCCGGAGGCAGCUGUCCAGGGAUCCACUAGGGAGGCAGACGGUUGGGGGAUCAAGGGAGCGGCUGGACUCCCGGGGCUCCAGGGACAACCUGGAUCUCCUACCCAGGAGGAGAGAGUUGGGGUUGGGGCAGGGUGCAGGGCUAGGGGGCUUGGGGCUGGAUCACCAGCGAGUCUCAUCAUUGAGGGAGAACUUGACAGGAUCUAGGGACAGACUGGACAACCAGCACGCAAGCAGCGUCCAUGCCUCGAGGGAGGACUUGAGUGGAGGUCUCGGGGCGGGAAUGGAGGGUUUCCUCAGUGGAUCGAGGUCGCAGCUGAACACACUAACUCGGCGGCAGGCCUCAUCCCGGGAGCACCUAGGUGGGGCAGUGGUGAGCAGUAGGUCGAAGGAGCAGCUUGAGACCAAUGGUGUGGGAGCCCAGGCUCAGCCAUGUCGGGAGUGGCUCCGCACUCUGCCUCCCCGCCAGCCCUCGCACCCCGAUCAGCCCCCCUCCACCUCCCCUCCUCCCCCAAUCUCUGAGGAUCCCCAACACGAGCAGCUCCCUCCGUCAGUUCAUGUCAGAGGGCAACUGGACUCCACACCUUCAUGUAGGCACCCAGGUCAGAUUGUCCCACAAAUCGCAGGUUCAAAUCCAAACCCUCUGGGUCGACAGCCAUCCAGCGAACAUCUGGAUAUUCUGUCCUCCAUUCUGGCAUCCUUCAGUUCUUCAGUCCUCACUCCUCCACCUGCUGCCUCUAACCCUGGACCUAAUGGAUCACUACACCAUGGACCCUCACCCUCCCCGCCACAGUCUGCCACUACCCACAGCAUAUCUGAAGUCUCCCCUGACUCUGAAGCCAACAGAAGUGAAGGGCAGUCUUGAUGACAACCACCAUGUCUCUUUAUGCAUUGCGACUUCUGGGGGCAGGGAAGUUGGUGGAUGGUCCUGAACCACUGAGGCAGCCUGGGACAUAGGAGGAUGGCAAACAAACAAAGACACACAGAUGGUGCAUUCACUGAAGGCAAAACAGGAUGCUUGUUUGUGGGUUGAACGAUAUAAAUAAAGCUUUUUGAGUCCUACCGCCUACAAUAACAUAUGCCAGUUCCUUGGACGGUGAGUCAACCACCUCUACUACCUGAAAACUCACACAAACUCCUUAGGUUUCAAACAGACUUGUCGGCCUGAUCCAGACAAGAUUCAUCUAAAGGAAAAAAAAAUAGACUGUAAAUAACAUUUUUAUACAUUUUGUAUCUUUUUCAUUAGAGAUGAAGAAGAACUCACUUGUGAUGUUUUUUUCUUAAAUGAUGGUGUCCGUGUGAGGUUGUGAGCGAGGUUGGUGUGAGUGCAGUCUUGUUUGUCGCUGAGGGAGAGAUUUCCCCCUACAAAGGAAAAAAAAUCUCCCUGAAAACAGUUAUCCUCAAACCCAUCAACUCUGUGUAUAGCGACAGGGGUUCAGCAAUAGCAACUGAUGAGAUUACUGAAACCACAAGAUGUGGUUGAAGGGAAAAUAUCAAUGUAGCGAGAAGUAACUGUAAAUAGAGGAAGGGAUUAUUAUAAAAGAAAAGAUCUGAUGGAGCAAGAUGGUGUGAGAAAAAGAUGGCAAGGUGGUUGUGCUGAAAUGAUGAAAACAACGUGUUAAUUCACAAGUGUCAAAGUAUCAACUCUUUCAGGAGAUUGUACUGUUUUGUGAACGUGACCUUGUCAUCUGUCUGUGUCUUUGUGCCUGCUUCUGUCUGGACCGGACCAUAUCAGUCAAUUGAUAUUAUACAUCUUUAGUGUUCUGGAGACCUGGUGAAUGAAGGUAGACAUCCAUCUGAUUUUCUGUAUGAGGCUGCACCAUGUAACAACCAUUUAAAGAUCCCCAAGCUAUUUUGCACUUUGAUGCAUCACCACUCAACCUGCCUCAAGAGAUGUCAGAGGAGCAUCCAGGAAACUCAUUCAUAAAAGUUUCUGUGCAAAUCCAAGCCAAAAGGACCACUGCUUAAAAUCAGUUUGAAACAUUGAUGUUUGCCAGUUUUAUGUGAUUAAAAUCAGGUCCGCGAUUUUGUUUAAGUCACCUUCUUAAAAAUAAUAAUGGUGCCAUGAUUAGGUUUGUAGGAGGAGAGUGGAUCUGAAGGAGGACAUUAUGAGUCAUAUCACGGUGUGCUCAGAUAUUUGUUUGGAGACCUGUGAGAAGACAGUACAUAUCCAGCAUGGUAUCAACAUGAAUACAUUAUCUCAUAUCUGUAGCACAUGAAUCCCACACCAGAAUACUGCUAAGUGCUUGGUUGAGCACAGUUGCUGGGAAAUUGGUUCAAAUAUUUUUUAUACUUGAGAAAUCUCACAGAACCACUUGAAAUCUGACUUUGCUUGCUCAGAAAUAACUAACAUGAGCUGUCACUGAUGGAGAGGUUGACACCAGAACACAUUAAUGCAGAUUUAUUCUCAGCGUGGCGAUUGUUGCACACAGAUGAGGUCUCUUGCAAGAUCUAUGGUCGCUUCUGUGGAAGUGGACCAGUUUUCCAAUAAGAAGAGGUGUCAGUUGUGUCGACACUAAAAGCCUCUAAGUGGUUUUGAGAUGCAGGUCUUUCCAUCAGGAGUUGCUUGUUUCUUGUGGCUGUCGGUGUGAACACUGACUUCAGGCCUUAAGAAAGCAACACGCAGGCAUUUGUAACGCCAAGGAGGCAGGCAGGCAGUCUCCACCAGCUUUCAGGGAGGUCAAGGGAUUGUGGCUAACCUAAGUGUUUUUUGUAAUGAAAAAAAAUGCAGUAGGUUAUAAACAUUGAAGGCAACAUGAGGUUUAUGCUUUGCCAGAAUAUGUUGUCUGUAAGUAUGUCCACGCAUUAGAACACUAGAACAGCAAGAGAGGAAACAAAUAUAAAGGAACAGGGCUAAACAGAGUACAUUGAACAUAGUGAUGUAGAAAACUAGAUGAGGUUUGAAGGAAAAUAAACUGCAUUAGAACCAUGACUAUGUGCAAAAUGUAACCACAGAGAAUGGGACAGGAUGUUUCUUGUCACAGAGAGAUACAGAAAAUGGAUGGAAGUGCAGAAGGUGAAAAUAAACACAUCUCACAGAGCUCGCAGGUGCAGAUCUCCCUGCUCUGACUGCUGUUCUGUCAGUCCCAUGUCCCUGGGAUGUGACAAGCAAACCUAUUUGUGACAGUAUUCCUGCCAAGAAGUGCUCCUCCAGAGGAAAUACUAACAGUCUGUCAAAGGACUGGUACACCUAAAAAAAAAUCCAACAGCCUCGUUCAUUUAUAUUUAGUUUUUUCACAGAUCAGUUUUUCUUUAACUGACUAUAUCUUUUAUUUGUACAGACAUGAGAUUUAUUUUAUUUAUCAAUAAUUUAUUGACAAUGUAAUGAUUAUUUAUGUUGUGCUGCCAGUUUCUACGAUGUGUAAGUGAUUUAUUUUAUUUUAUUGUCCAAAUGUCUUUUGUAUUUACUUGUUCUUAUUAUACUGAGUCUCUCACUGCAAGAAAUUUACAUAUAGAGGACAAAAAGAGAAGAACGUGAAGGUAUGUCUCUAUUUACACCUAGAAUUCCAAAUGAAUGCGGGUCAAAGGUCCUUAACAGGACACUGAGCUUUUAAACAUUUCAACAUUGCAAAAUAAAAGAUUGAAUAGAAACGUAUCUAUACUAUAAAUCUGGUGAAAACUGUUCAGCUGUAUCCAAAUCCAACCUUUUUUUCUUCCUGUCCACUUCUAUAAAUCUGAGGCUGAAGCUUUACAGUCACCAAAUCAGCCUAUAUACUGGUAAUUUAACUGCUUUUACACAUGACUGACAGCUGUCAGUAACUGGGAAAUUAGAGAAAACUCCAGGUUAAUCUGGUUUGGACCAACAGGAGCCACUGAGCUGAGACUGAAAUGUGAUGUGCUCUGAAAAAGAGGGAAGAGACAAAAGGAAAGCGAAAGAGAGGAGGAGGAAGAUGGAUGGGAGAUUGUCUUUGUUAACCUGUGUUCAUUAUGGGAUGCCUUCUGGGGAAGGGGUCAUGGAAACAGCUGUUCCCCCAUUACUGUCGAAACGAGAAAUGCUGGACAUUAAAAAAAUGAAUUAUUCCUACAAGGC